AUGAACCAAGUACCAGAACCAAAACCAUUCUACCAUCAACACCACUCAUCAAAGAAGAAGAACAAGAACCAGAACCAACAAGAACUCAGUCAAGCCAGACUACCAAACCACCUCACCAGGAAGACAACCAUCACCAGCAGAACAAGAGCCAAGCGGAAAAGCACAUCAUCAACAACCAAACAACAAACACUCUCAUUCAAACAACAACAUCCUCUAGGCAUCAACAUCCAAACCCAAUGCUCCCCACUAACCUAUCAACGCAUUCAUCCCAAGGAGAAAAUUCAACAGCUCAAUCGCGCUCAUGGCGGAUGGAUCGAAGACCAUAUCUCCUCAGACCACGCUAAUCCGGUCGAGAAUAAUCUGUCCUCACCAACCUACUGCAACACUUCACCCACACCAGAAGCCUCCACGUCGUUCAUGGACGAAUACCCGAUGGAGGAGCUCUCAGAGACUGAGGAUGAGGAUACAGCCAGCCAUCAUCCCGGCCAGUCGCGGGCACCAUCCAGACAUGAGCGGAAACCAGAGAAGGUGAUCUUAUGUCCGGAGUCAUUGGACCGCCAGAAGUAUCCCUCGAGGAGCCAAGAGGACAGCCAUCCCGACAUCCGUGCCGGACACAAGCGACUCCAGAAGGCGGUGGCCAGCCAGGAUGGGCCGGUCGCGCAGGCCCAGGAAUCGUUCUCGUCCGAAAGCCAGACCGACCAGCGCUCGCACUCCUGUGCCCUCUUCUUCUUCCAAGAUCACGAUCAACCUAACUCUCCCGUCGAACAGAGCCAAGAAGAUCACGAAAAACGACGGCAAAAUCAAGUCGGAUCUCCCACUGCACACAUCUUGUGUCCCGACUCACUCGACAACCAACUCCUUGCCCCUGAAAGCCUGCCGCUGAUCAACAACCAAGAAGAAGAAUCCUACUUGGCCCCCAGUCUACCGGACAACGACCGCACUCAAUCCUGUGCCCUGUUCUACGACCACUUGUACCCGCCCGACGAGGCUGAUCAUGAGCCCCUUACUACUCGAGAAGAAGAACUCACACGAAACACUAGGAUCGACCCCAAGAAUCCGCCUGAGAUCUUGUGUCCCAGUUCCCUCCAAAGUCAACUUCCCCGUUCGCACAACAUCGCACCCCAGCCCAUGGACCGCCAACUCUCCCCUCACCCUGAAACCCUUCCUACCGUCUUCCCCGAAUCGCUCCUCUUGGAGACCCAAGAUCGCUCCUUCUCUUGUGCACUCUUCUUCCACGAGGAUGAGAUCGAGGAAACAUGUCUAGAUCAUAAUCAGAAUAGUGAAACUCGCGGAUCUCAAGAUACCAAAGAAGCUGGAAAGAAGAGGAUUGUGUUAGCUGAAGAGUCGCAAGAACUCUUACCGGGUCCUCCUACUUUAGGACGCGUUCAAAAUAACCAUUCAAACAUCACAUCGAGAGACAGCGAAGAAAGGGGGAAGGAGAAGAUCGUGUUAGCCGAAGAGUCGCAAGAGAUGUCGCCGGGCCCGUCUGUUUCAGGACACCGAUCACUAGCCCCUCCGACGCCGAUCUCGGCGCGACGCGCCACCCGGCCUUCGUUCUCCGCCUUCUCCGCUUCCGGCUUCGUCCCUUCCUCCUCCUCCUCAUCAUCAUUGACCAGAAAUCCUAAGCGCAAAUCACCCAAUCCUCCUUCCUCGACCUCUGUGGCCACUGAUGGCUCUCAAAAGAAGAAGAAGAAGAAGGGGAAAAAGAGCAUCGAUCCGUUCGACAGUCACGUCAGACCCGCUUGGACGGCUAAUGAGCAGGACAAAGUGCCCAAGCUUCAUCCGCCCACUCUCCGACAAAUCGGCCUGGCCGAGUUCCUCGUCCCCUUAACCCCAUCCGUCAACAACAACAACAACAAGAAUAAUAAUAAUAGUAACGCUGGUGGGAUUAAGGAGAACUCUCAGAAAGAUCGGGCUCCUGUCUCCCGCCCUCUCCCGCUUGAAUUCACUCGCUUCAUUAACGUCGCGCGUGCCUCGAAUCGUCAUCAAUGUGGUUCUGAGAAGUCUCAGAUCGGGAAGGGAAAAGAGAAAGCGACGGUCGAGGUUGAAGAGGACGAGAUCAUCGGCUCAGACGACGAAAUCAACUUUGAUCACAAGAACGCGGACAAGAGCAACAACAAGGAGGAGGAGGAGGAGGAAGACAGUAGUAGUCGUAGUAGUAGUCCGUCGGUCCAUAUGAUCCCCGACUCCCAACCGACUUCUGUUCUUGUUCCUUCUUCUCCACCAUUGCCGAGUGCUGCUCUCGACAGUGAUCAUACCAUCAACAGAGAAGACAUAGAUGAAGAAGACGAGCGCGGGAGGGCGCAGGUGGUCAUGGGCUUUCGCGAACGGAUCAGGCUGGCGCGUGAGAGGGAAGACUUGUGUCGAUGGGCGUUGGACGGACAGGCUGAUCGGCCAUCGCAGCUCCAUCAUCCUCUGCAUCACGGGCUUCAUCUGGGCAGUGCGUCUGAUCGGAGUUCCGGAGACCUUCGUCCACGAAACCAGCUCGAUCCCAAGGGGAAUCCGAACCAGGAGCCGGCUCGUCACAAGAGUCCAGACCAAGAAGCCCAGCCCGAUCAUCCUAAGCACCCCCUCGAAUCCGGGCCGACCGGUCCCUCUUCUGGACUGGAUCCGGACCAGAUGUGUGGACGACUCGAUGUCCCGGAUCAGGGCAGACUGAUGACGACUGGGACCGGAUGCAGUCUGUCAGUGUCGGCUCCUUCCUUCGACCCCGAUCUCCUAUCUGUUCAUCCUCCUCCUCGUCAUCUGACUCCGUCUUCGUCUUCUUCAUCAGCCCCGGCCACGUCUCUGCUGAUGAUCGGCCCGGAUAAACCCGCGGUGGCCGCUCAUGCUCCGGCUGGUCAUCCCACUGUCCCCGAUAACAUCCACAGAUUCGUCGACGUCGACCGGUUGCUCGAUUUGUUGGUCAAGCCUCUUCCUCCUCCUUCUUCUUCUUUGACGGGCCCGUCCACGCCUCUUCUUCUUCCUCAUCAUCCACUCGGCGGGCCGUCCGGCGCCGAACAUCAAGCCCCUCCUCCUCCGUCGUCGUCGUCGGUCGAGGUCCUUAAACUUGAGCCUUCUGAGCUCGACUUGGACCGCUUCGUGGCCCGCUACAAACUCCAUCUUCGUGACUCUCUCCUCCCCAAUUAUCAUCCCACAUCCUCAACAACGAUGACCACGGGGACCGCAGGAAAUCAGGCCGGUCUCGACCUUGCCUUGGUCUUCGCUAAUCUCCAAUCGGUCGAUCCCCAUCAGACGCCCCUCUUUCAUACCGAUUCCUUGCAGAUCUUGUCUGCUAAACUCUUGAGUCUUCUCUGA